UCCAGCCAUAUUGGGCUGUGGGGAGAAAGCGGCUCUAAUGUUCUAUGUCACCUGCAAAUAACCCGGGCGUUCGAAAAAGCACCUCCACCACCUCCACAAUCCACACCAACACCACGUCCUCUCCACACACAAAAGUCCGUCAAAAUGAGCCCGGAAGCCUGGCUCCCGCAGCCCACCUUGUUCCUCACUGGCCUCACCUUGCUCCUCUCGCUGGCACCCCCGAGACAGGGCAUGGAGGUCAUGGCCCCUCCCAUCAUCAAUGCCUUGAAUGGCUCCUCUGUGAAGCUCUCCUGCACCUUCAACUCCUGCUACAAGGUGGAGAACAAGCAGUUUUCCCUCAACUGGACGUACCAGGAGUGCAGUAACUGCUCGGAGGAGCUGUUCCUGCAGUUCCGCACCAAGAUCAUGAACAAGCAGCUGGACCGCUUCGGGAACCGCGUGGAGUUCACCGGCAACCCCGCCAAGAACGACGUGUCCUUCACCCUCAAAAACGUGCAGCUGGAGGACGAGGGCACCUACAACUGCUACGUCCUGAACCCCCCGGACCGGCACCGGGGCCACGGCAAGAUCAGCCUGAAGGUGCUCACCAAAGAGCCCCCGAAGCACGACUCGACGGUGGCCGUGAUCGUGGGCGCCUCCGUGGGCGGCUUCUUGGCCGUGGUGAUCCUGGUGCUGAUGGUGGUGAAGUGCGUGCGCCGGAAAAAGCAGCAGAGGCUCAACACGGACGACCAGAAGACAGAGGAGGAAGGGAAGACGGACGGCGAAGGCAACCCGGACGAGGGCACCAAGUAAAGCCCCCCUGCCCGCCCCUCCCUCCUGUCCCCUGUACAGUGUGACCCUCUUGAUGUGCUUCCCAGAGCAAGGAUUUCUGUCUCCCCAGAGCAUCCCUCCUUCCAUCCAAACACCCAACCCAGCCUGGAGCAGGGCGCAGAGAGAAGGUCCCUGGAGCCUGGCUGUGCUGGGCAGGGCUGGGGAGAGGGGCUGAAGCCCCUGAGGCUGAGCUGGGACCAGCCUGUCCCCUCCUCUGAGUGCCAGUGCUGUGAGGAGGUGCUGGGGACAGGCUGGGGCGGGUGAGGGGGGACCUGUGCAGCCCCCACCCAUGGAGGGACUGGAGCAGGGGGUACCAGGAGGGACAGAGGGGUCUGGCAGCCCCGUGCCCAGACUCAUCCCGAGGUGCUCCUGCUGUGCCUGUGGCACUGGUGUUCCCGUCCUGAGGGAUCCCGAUAGCUGCCAGUCUCCUCCUUGCAAGCUCGUGCUCCUCAGGGACUGUCCCAGGCUGCUCACAAGUCAGUGGCCAAGGCCGUGAGCCCACCCGGUGUCUUGGAGCUUUGCAGUGUUUUGGAACCAUUAACAGCCCUUGGUGUGCGAGGGAUGGACCCUUCUGCCUCUCGGGCUGGUUUUGGCUCUGAGCAUCUCAGCCCAAGGUGCUGGGCUGACUUUUUUGUGCUCGUUUCCUUCUUGGGGACGGUGGUUGUGGUGGCAAAUGUCCUGCUGAUAUGUCAGGGGUGUGCUGGGGUGAGGCUGCUCGGGACAAGGAGCUGCUGAAAGGGAGAGGAGCUUUUGGGCACUUGCUGGGAAGGACUGGGCACAAUGGCAGGCCCAGAGUUAGGACAGCUCUGCCACCCUGGAGCAGCCCUGCGAUGCUGAGACUGCCUCCUCCAGCCUCCCUGCGGAGCACUGCACACUGUAACUGCCAUGGCAAUGCACUGCCAGCGUGCCCAGCCCCGUGUGCCACCUGCCUCACCUGGCAGGUGAGCCGUGCUGGCUGCAGCACCGGGGGUUCAGGCAGGGAAUGACCCAGGGCGGUGUCCCCUGUGGCACCGGGCCUGAGCUUUUCUUCUCCCGUGGCUGCCAGGAGGGGACGGUGCCCGGAGCCACAGGGGACACUGCCAGGGGCAGGUGAUGGAGGUCCUGUCACCCACGAGCAGCACUGCCAGGGGAGAAGGGACACCUUUGCAGCGUCCCUGUGCAGAGAAGGGACACCUUUGCCACGUCCCUGUUUAGGUGCCAUCCCGGCAAUGCCAUCAGGCCCCAGGGAUGGCGGGACAGCUGUGCCCUCCCCGCUCUGCCCCAUCGCUUUCCACCCCUUCCCCACGUGCCCCGUCCAUCCCACUCGACCCCGCUGGGCUCCACGCUGCUCCCCUCCCAUCCGCAGCAGGAAUGUGCCGUGUCCCACGCCCGGCUCCCUUCCCUGGGCCCUGCUGCCCGGGGAGGGCCGGGCUGUCCCCACCCCGCACAGUGCCAGCGGUGCCGGGUGCCGCAGGGCUCCCGCACCACUUUCUGCCAGGGCCGGGCUGUCCCCGGCUGCUGGUGGGACUGAGCCAGUGCCUCGGGGGCGCAGAGGCCUCUGAGCGUUGCACAUGACCAGUCUUGCAUCUGCCUUUCAUUUCUUUUCGUGCACUAUCCUUGGAUUGCAACUUGCCAAUGCAUCUGUCUGUACGUAGCUGUGCACAGCAGAGAGCCGACAAAUACAGAUCUGUACACACAGGAGGGGCUGCUCUGCCUCGUGCUGCGGCCUCGGGCGUGCGCCUUCCCCUGGGCUUCUCUUGCCAAGCGCUCUGCCGAGUGUGGGAUGUUUUUAUUGCUCUUUGUACAGUCAAACAAACAAAAGAACAACAAAACGC